AUGGACAGCAUCCUUCAGAAGCUGAGGAAUUUGGACGCCUACCCUAAAAUCAAUGACGAUUUCUUCAGCCGUACACUCUCCGGUGGCAUUAUUACCCUCGCCUCUUCCCUCCUCAUCCUCUUGCUUUUCUUCUCUGAGCUCAGACUAUACCUCCACACUGUUACAGAGUCAAAGCUGCUUGUAGAUGCUUCAAGAGGGGAAACCUUACAUAUCAAUUUUGAUGUAACUUUUCCUGCUAUCCGGUGCUCAUUACUCAGUCUUGACACAAUGGAUAUCAGCGGUGAACAACAUUUUGACAUACGACACGAUAUAGUCAAGAAAAGAAUUGAUGCUCAUGGUAAUGUAAUAGAAGCUAAGAAGGAUGGAAUUGGUGCACCAAAGAUUGAUAAUCCCUUGCAAAGGCAUGGUGGAAGGCUUGAGCAUAAUGAAAAAUAUUGUGGUUCGUGCUUUGGAGCAGAAAUGUCUGAUGAUGACUGUUGCAACUCAUGCGAUGAAGUUCGUGAUGCAUAUAGGAAAAAAGGUUGGGCACUGACAAAUGCAGAUUUGAUAGACCAGAAGAGAGAGACGAGUCAGAAGAGACCACUGUAG